AUGUUGCCAAAGGUCCUUGCCAACCAAAAGGCCAUGACUUUCCAAAAAAAAACAUAUGGGAAAUAUAAGAGAGGUUUUAGGGAUGUUUGGUAUAAAGAUUAUAUUUGGCUUGAAUAUAGUACGACAACAUAUGCUGCGUAUUGUUUUUGGUGUUUUCUUUUCAAGCGUGGUUAUUUAGCUCCAAGAGAUGAAACAUUUGUUAGUGGUGGUUUCUCUAAUUGGAAGAAGGCUAAUGAAAGAUUUAGAGCUCAUGUUGGAUCAACGGGUAGUGCACACCACAAAGCUAGAAUUGAAUAUGAAAAUUUUGUAAAUCAAAAGCAGAGUGUGCCUUAUAUCAUUAGUAGAGUUGGUUCAAAACAAGAAAAGGAAUAUAGGAUUCGUUUGACUGCAACUCUUGAUGUUAUUCGAUUCCUUUUGAAUCAAGGUUUGGCUUUUAGAGGACAUGAUAAGACAUCAACUUCUUCAAAUAGGGGCAACUUUCUGGAGUUAUUAUAUUGGUAUAGUUUAAAGAAUGAUGAAGUUGGUCAAGUUGUAUUGAAUAAUGCUCCCGGAAAUAAUCAAAUGAUUGUUCCAUCAGUUCAAAAAGAUAUCGUUAAUGCGUGUGCAGUUGAAACUACACUUGAAAUAAUGAAGGAACUUGGUGAUGGAUUAUUUUCCAUAAUGGUUGAUGAGUCUCGAGAUUGCUCGGUGAAGGAGCAAAUGGCUAUUGUUAUUAGAUACGUGAAUAAAAAUGGAGAGAUAAUAGAAAGAUUUUUAGCCUUAGUUCAUGUUAAAGAGACUUCAUCAAGAUGA